ACAUACCAAAAAGUUAUGGCACAAACCCACAGCCAACAUUGGCAGAAAUUACAACUUCUGCUUCAGAAUUUUGGGUUUCUUCCAAGUUCAAGACCCUGAAUGGCAACUAACAUGGGUGUUGUUGCUGUGAUUUUCCUCUUCUCUUUGGUUGCUUCCUCAAAUGCAGAAACAUCAAACAAGAUAGGGAUAAACUAUGGACAGUUAGGGGACAACUUGCCAUCUCCAUAUAGAUCCAUCCAAAUCCUUCAGUCCAUGAAUACAGGCCGGGUAAAGCUGUAUGAUGCUAAUCCUGAAAUCUUAAGACUCCUGGCAGGAACAAAGAUCCAAGUAUCAGUUAUGGUCCCAAAUAAUGAAAUCAACAACAUUGCCUCAAACCAGACAAUAGCACAUAACUGGGUUCGCGAAAAUGUCCUUCAGUAUUACCCUAAUACCAUGAUUCGGUUCAUUCUAGUUGGCAAUGAAAUCCUGAGCUAUUCCUCAGAUCAGGAUAAGAAGAUUUGGUCUAACCUUGUCCCUGCAAUGCGCAAAAUUAAGAACUCUCUCAGAUCCCAUAAUAUUCAGAACAUCAAAGUUGGUACCCCACUAGCAAUGGAUGUACUCCAAACAACAUCUCCACCAUCAAAUGGAACUUUCAGGUCAGAUAUUUCUGGUACGGUAAUUCUACCAUUGCUUAAGUUCUUGAAUGGUACUAAGUCAUUCUUCUUCAUCGAUGUUUACCCUUACUUCCCAUUUUCUAGUAACCCAACCAGUAUAAGCCUUGACUAUGCAUUGUUCAAAUCAAGCCAAAACUACACUGACCUUCGUACUGGGUUAAUAUACCACAACCUUCUAGACCAGAUGCUCGACUCGCUCGUCUUUGCCAUGACCAAACUGAAUUACUCUAACAUCCGGCUUGCAAUAGCAGAAACCGGCUGGCCUAAUGCAGGUGAUUUGGAUCAACCAGGUGCCAACAUUUACAAUGCUGCUACUUAUAACAGGAAUCUCAUUAAAAAGAUGACUGCUAAGCCCCCAAUUGGGACACCAGCUAGACCAGGUGUGGUCAUACCAACAUUCAUCUUUUCAUUAUAUAAUGAGAACCGAAAGACUGGUCCUGGAACAGAGAGGCACUGGGGUCUGUUGAAUGCAAAUGGCACAGCCAUAUACGAAAUCGAUUUGUCAGGGAAACAAGCAGAUUCUGAGUACAGAGCAUUACCGCAACCGAACAACAACAAACCCUACAAGGGGAAACUAUGGUGCAUUGCGGCCCAAGGAGCGGAUUUGACAGAACUGGGAACAGCAGUGACAUUUGCUUGUAGUCAAGGUAAUGGAACAUGUGAUGCCUUGGCACCAGGUAAGGCAUGUUAUGAGCCAGUAUCUAUAACUUCGCAUGCUAGUUAUGCAUUUAGCUCGUACUGGGCAAAAUUCAGGAGGCAAGGUGGCGGUUGCUACUUCAAUGGACUUGCAAAGCAGACCACCACCAAUCCUAGUUAUGGAUCAUGCGAAUUCCCUAGCGUCACUCUCUGAAGAUUUUCGAUUUAAGCUGAAGAUAUAUUCAGAUUCAGCAAAGCUGCAAGCAGUUUACAGAUGACCCCCAGUAUGGUCUUCUAGAAUAAUGCUUUAUAAUUCUUUAUCAGAAUGUUUAUGUUAGUCAUUUAUGCUAUGAACAAAAUGUUUUUAGAUUUUUUUCUUUUA